UCGUCGUGACGCGAAUGGAUUUUCGGGGUAUUACUUCGAUUAAAAAGCAGUUCAAUCAACCUUGACUCAUUUUAAUCUCUGUUCAAAUUUUGCUAAAAUGUCGGACGGUGAAGUGGCUGGACAUCGACAUAAUGACUGCUCGCAACCUCAAGAGGUCAAACAAACAAGGCAGGAAAUCCUGAGAUAUGGACACAAAGGAAUCCUCACCAUGAACACUGGGGCUAAAAUGGAGAACAUCACCACUCUGAGAGCAUCAUUUGCCCCUCCAAAGAAAACAGGGGUGAGGCUGCAGGGCCUCAGGACAGAGCUUUUGGAACGACGAAUUGCCCAGCUAGUAAGAGACAAGAUUCAAGCAGAACAGAACCCACCACUACCCCAAGCGGACUUUGCAUCUGUAACUCAGAGGGAUUUUAGAGUUGAGGGAUUCGUACCCCAACCUAGUAAAAACAACCGCCUUCAUGAUUAUACAACAGAGCAAGCCAUCAGCUAUUGGAGUGAAAAUUUUCAGCGGAUCCAAGGUGUGACUCCAGUAGAGUGCCCUAACACACCUUUUAGAAAGUCGGCCCAAUUUUCUACACCUAUAGGAGAGCUGCGAGAAGACAUGGCCCAUUAUCUUUGAUCAUUGUCAAGUCAAAAUGACUGCUUUUAAAAUAAAGUUAUGAUUCAUAUUUCUUCCUCUUUUUGAGCAUGUCAUAAGCUGUUAGCAGCUGUGAUAGGAAACUUAAAGAGCAAUUGAAACCAAUUUUUACUAAACAUUUUAAGUCAGGUGGGUGUCCAAUCAAUGAUGAGUGGUUUAAAGCUGCCCUGCCCACUAUAAAACACACACCUGGUAAGAAAUGUCUUGAUGAGAAGCAUUGUCUGAUAUGCAUCAUGGCUCGGUCAAAACAGCUGUCUGAAGACCUGUGAUCAAGGAUUGUUGAUUUGUAUAAAGCUGGGAAAGGAUACAAAAACAUCUGUAAAAGUCUGGAUGUUCUUUAAUCGACAGUCAGAAAAGUUGUCUACAAAUGUAGAGAGUUUGGCACUGUUGCUUCUCUCCCAAGGAGUGGCCGUCCACCAAAGAUGACGCCAAGACUUCCGCGCAAAAUACUCAGAGAUGUAAAAAAAGAAACCUAGAGUGUCUGCUAAAGACUUACAGAAAUCACUGGCACAGCCCUAUAUCCUUGUGCACACAUCAACUACAUGUAAAAACUAUGGCCAAGAAUCAUGCUUAUGGGAGGACUCCACAGAGGAACCUACUGUUUUCUAAAAAAUAAAAAUAAAAAAAUAAAAAAACAUUGUUGCUUGUUUAAUGUUUGCAAAAAGGCACUUAGACACGCCACAGAAGUUUGGCAAAAUAUUUUGUGGACUGAUGAAACCCAAGUUGAAUUGUUUGGGAGUAACACACAACGUCAUGUGAAGAGGAGAAAUGAAACAGCUCACCAGCAUUAACACCUCAUCCCCACUGUGAAGCAUGGUGGAGGGAGCAUCAUGAUUUGGGGCUGUUUUGCCGCCUCAUGGCCUGGACAACUUGCAAUAACUAAUGGAAGAAUGAAUUCAAAAGUUUAUCAGGAUGUUUUGCAGGAAAACCUGAAGCUGUCUGUCAGACAGUUGAAGCUAAGAAGAGGAUGGAUGCUGCAACAAGACUAUGAUCCAAAACACAAAUCAACUUUAGAAUAGUUUCAGUAGAACUAAAUACACGUUCUGGAGUGGCCAAGUCAAAGUCCAGACUUGAACCCCAUUGAGAUGCUGUGGCACGACCUAAAGACAGCGAUUCAUGCCAGACA